AUGGUCAACCAAAGCUCCCCAGUGGGCUUCCUCCUUCUGGGCUUCUUUGAAUACCCAGGGCUUGAAAGAAUCCUCUUCGUGGUUGUCCUAACUUCCUACCUCCUGACUCUGGUGGGCAACACACUCAUCAUCCUGCUGUCUGUGCUGGACCCCAGGCUCCACUCUCCUAUGUACUUUUUCCUCUCCAACCUCUCCUUCCUGGACCUCUGCUUCACCACAAGUUGUGUCCCCCAGAUGCUGGUCAACCUGUGAGGCCCAAAGAAGACCAUCAGCUUCCGUGGCUGCUCUGUCCAGCUCUUCAUCUUCCUGUUCCUGGGGACCACUGAGUGCAUCCUCCUGACAAUGAUGGCCUUUGACCACUACGUGGCUGUCUGUCAGCCUCUCCACUAUGCCACCAUCAUCCACCCCCGCCUGUGCUGGCAGCUGGCGGCUGUGGCCUGGGUCAUUGGGUUGGUGGAGUCAGUAGUCCAGAUACCACCCACCCUCCGCCUGCCCUUCUGCCCCCACCGGCAGGUAGAUGAUUUUGUGUGUGAGGUCCCAGCUCUAAUUAGACUUUCCUGUGGGGACACCAGCUACAAUGAGAUCCAGAUGACUGUCACCAGUGUCUUCAUCUUAGUUGUGCCCCUCAGCCUCAUCCUUGUUUCUUAUGGUGCCAUUGCCAGGGCAGUGCUGAGGAUUAACUCUGCCAUAGCAUGGAGAAAGGCUUUUGGGACCUGCUCCUCCCAUCUCAUUGUGGUCACCCUCUUCUACAGCUCAGUCAUUGCUGCCUACCUCCAGCCCAAAAGUCCCCAUGCCCAGAAGAGGGGAAAGUUCUUUGGUCUCUUCUACGCAGUGGGCACUCUUUCACUUAACUCUCUCAUAUACACCCUGAGGAACAAGGAGGUAAAGAGGGCAUUCAGGAGGUUUCUGGGGAAGGAUGGGGACUCCAGGGAGAGCUGA